AUGGAAUUUGUGUUUCUGGCCUAUCCCUCCCACCCAGAGAUUUGCAUCUUAUCCUUCCUUGGAGUCAGCCUGGUUUAUGCAUUCGUCAUCACUGGCAAUGCGCUCAUCAUGGUGACCAUCCAGACAGAAGCCCGUCUACACACACCCAUGUACUAUUUCCUGGGCAGCCUCUCAGGCAUAGAACUAUGCUACACUGCCGUGGUGGUGCCUCACAUGAUGGCCAAGCUCCUGCAGUCGGACAAGACCAUCACCCUGCUGGGCUGCGCCACCCAGAUGAUCGUCCUCAUUGGACUCGGCAGUGCUGACUGCUUCCUCUUGGCCGUCAUGGCCUAUGACCGGUACGUUGCUAUUUGCCACCCCUUGCAAUACCCACUCAUCGUGACCCUGACUCUUUGUGUCCGCCUGGUGGUGGCCUGUGUGGUCAGCGGCCUGUUCCUGUCAUUACAAUUAGGGGCCUUCAUCUUCUCUCUGCCGUUCUGCCGUUCUCGGGGUAUCCAGCACUUCUUCUGUGAUGCGCCACCAGUGAUGCGUCUCGUGUGUGCCAAGAGUCACAUCCAUGAGCAGUCAGUGCUGGUGGCGGCCACUCUGGCCAUUGCUGUGCCUUUCUUCCUCAUCACCACCUCCUACGGCUUCAUCGUGACCGCCGUACUCAAAAUCCACUCUGCAGCUGGCCGCCACCGGGCCUUCUCCACCUGCUCCUCCCACCUCAUGGUGGUUUUGUUGCAGUACGGCUGCUGUGCCUUCAUGUAUCUGCGCCCUAACUCCAGCUACAACCCCAACCAUGACCAGUUUGUGUCGCUGGUAUACACCCUGGGAACCCCACUGCUCAACCCACUUAUCUACACCCUGAGGAACAAUGAGAUGAAGGGGGCCAUCGGGAGAGUCCUUACCAGGAAUUACCUCUCCCACAACAAGUAA